AUGAACUCCAGCUCUCAACAACCACCUUCCAAGAACGGGGAUGAAAACAACCAAAAGACUGACGAAUCCAAAGUAGUAUCCGAAACUGAGGAUUGUUUGCCAUUUUCAGGAAUGGCGGAUGACGAUGAUGAAGUAUCUCAUGAUGGUGACGACCAAGACAGAUCAAUUCCAGCAUCCGUUGAAACGAAUCAGUUUGAAAGAAAAAUCUCUGCAUUAGCUGCGGAUGGAAACGACAGCCUAAAUAACGAGGAUAAUCCACAACAAGAACCUUUGGCUGCUGACACCAACCAUUCUACUGAAAACGGGACUGCAACUACUACGGAUGAGGCAAAAAGUACUGAUGAUAUGCCAACAAUUCCGGACGACCACCAAACUGGUUCGUUUCGAUUUUAUUCAGAUGAAGGAAUAGAAGCACCUGAUGCCGGUGCUCAGCUUCGAAUCGCAGAUCAUGGUGAAGAAGAAAAGGUAUCCGAAGAUAAUCGGGGCAUCCUCUUGCCGCGUCAUCUAGCGCUUCGUUCGCAAUAUAUUGCCAGCAACUCCCAAGCCGACACUCGUAGUACCGAGACAGGUAGUAUUACUGCGUCCGUGGUCAAUGAGCCGCAUCCAGGAUUGAACAAAAACAAUCGAGUCUCCUCUCGAUUGAUACUGGCACAAGAAACCGACAUGAUUCCCGUCAAUCACAGUCGGGGAUCCGAAGUGUCCUUCAAGGUCAAAGCUUUUGAGAGCAUGAAACAACACUUGAAGAGUCUAGUACAGGCAGCGGAAAUUCAUGUACAGUCCACUCUAGAAUUGCAACAAGCUCACCGAACGUUCUUUUCGUGUCUCGCCGACAUGGCGGAUGAUACUCCCCUCAAGGGCGUGGUGGGAACUGCGGCCAAUCAUGGACAGGAAACUACGGUCUUGAAUCCCCAACAAGUCGCCGUGGAAGAAGAUUUCACUACUGUCCAAAAUGAAAAGUACAUACGAGAGAUUUUGAGGCAUGCCGAGGAUUGGUUGGAAGCUUGCAUGGUACAAGUCGAUCAGAAACAAAAGGAAUAUCAAGAACUAGAACGAAGGUAUUUUCAUUGCAAUACCAAGACGGCUCGAUUGCGCAAACGAGCCAGGAAUGCCGACUCUUGGAAUUUAGAAUUUGUCUCACAACAGAUUCAUCCGCAUCUCGAAAAGUCAGAAGCGGAAUUGGCGACGCUUAUCCAAGAACACAAGGACAAGGCUAAUGAAGUUUGCUUUCUACUGGAUGAAUUCACUGCUCAUGGAUGGAAGGAUCUCUAUCCAUUGGUCGAGAGUAGCAUGGAAUGGGAAGUGGAUCGAUUCCAGCACGACGAGGACACCAACGGACAAGUGCUCCCCGUAGCUUUGGAGACUAUGCAAGCAACUUUCCGAAUGUUGCAACAGGAAGAAAUGAAUAAACCGCGGUCGGUCCAUGGAAUAGCCCAUCUGCCACAACUUCGUGAAACCGAGCAAGAACAAGAUGGCGGAGUGGAAGAAACCAAAUCUGAAACACGAGAAGCACCACAAUUACAAAUUGAUCCAUCCAAACCAACAUUGUUUUUGGACGACGCCGAUCCCUUCACGGCGCGAGUCUGGAUUACCCUAUUGGAAAAGGAAGCGGAUCCCUUGCAUCCCACUGGAUUUCACGUCAUUCCCGUCUGCAACAUCAACGCGGGUGAUCCCGGAUUGCAAUUGCUCAAUUCGAUUAACCAAAAGACGUCUCCCGUGUUGGUGCACAAUGGAAACAUUUUUGCGGAUAGCAUUCGAGUUUCGGAAUAUAUUGACAAGGCCAUUCGGCAUCCACUGUAUCAUUCCAUUCCAUCACUUUUGCCAUCCAGACCCAUUGAUACCUUCAACAUGAAGACAUUUCUGAAGCGUCAUGCCAGGAUAUCAGAUGUCUUUUACAAUUUGAUGGAUAGUGACGAUGAUGAUGCCCGCCCCCAAUUGGCCCAAGAACUCUUUGACUUACUUGGUAUGAUUGACAGGGACUUGCAAAAGUUCCCAGGACCUUAUCUCUGCGGAUCUCAAUUCACUUUGGCGGACGUGAGUAUCUUCCCCUUUGUGGAACAUAUUAAUAUCAUUCUUGCCAGUUUUGGAGGAACCUCUAUUCCCGAAUCCUUGUCCUUUCUAUUGGAAUGGUAUGAGGUGGUAUCGCGGCGCCCGUCCGUUCAAAUGGUCACGGCGGAUCCUUUGAACACGGUAGGAACCAACGAUCAAGGCAAAACGCGAGUGGAAUACUUGAUUGAAUACCACCAACAGAGGUGCGACUAUGUGGCAGAUGCAUAG